AUCCCUUCAGCUCAGUGUGAUCGCUGGAGGGGAGGAAGCACGUUUGUUGUGAGCUGUCGCUCGUCUGCCUCGGCUUUGUGUUACAAAAGUUACUUUUGCUUUCAACAAUUAGGAAACCAAACUCCGGCGAUUGGGCGAGUUGAAGCAAAAAUGAGCUCCACGUACAGCCGCCUUCAUGACCGUUACGCUUCAAACAAGAUGACGUCGACCAGCUGUGUGACGUUAGUUGUGGUUUUGGGCUGUCUGACUGUGCUCGGGACCCUGCUGGCCAUCGCUGUGCUGGAAAGACCACCGGACCCCGAAGAACAUGAGGUGCUUCCUGAGGAAGCUGCAGAGAGCGGUUUCCAUGUGGACCAGUGCAGCAUGGCGCUGGUGGAGAGCAUCCCUCAACAAGUGAGCUACGAAGCCAAUGAAACCAUCGGGAUCCCCCUGGAAAAGGUCUGGAGAGACCUCAUCUCCAUGGCCAAGGACCACGUGCAAGUGGCCUCUUUCUACUGGACUUUAACAGGGGAAGACAUCAACGUUAAUUCCUCCUCUGACAUACCUGGACGGGACAUCCUGAAAGAACUCGAAGAAUUGCCCUCCAGGAACGUGUCCGUCCGAGUGGUGACCAGUGUUCCAUCCGUCCGAACAAACUCCACAGAUUUAAACAUCUUAAAAGGGAAAGGAGUUCAGGUGAGGAAGGUGAACUUCGGGCGCCUGACGAGGGGAGUCCUCCACAGCAAGUUCUGGAUAGUUGACGGAAAACAUGUCUUUAUUGGAAGUGCCAACAUGGACUGGAGGGCUCUCACGCAGGUGAAGGAGCUGGGAGUUGUUGUCUACAACUGCUCCAGCCUCGCAAAGGACCUGCAUAAGAUCUUCCAGUCCUACUGGGUAAUGGGACGAUCCCACAGCUCCCUGCCACAGCCCUGGCCUUCCGCGUAUGACACGGACAUCAACAAACAACACCCCCUGCUGGUGAGGAGCGACAAUGUCUCCAGCAGCCUGUAUCUCACAGCUUCCCCAGCAUCAUUCUGUCCUGUGUCGAGGACUCAGGACCUGGAGGCUAUUCUGUCCAUCAUCUCGGAGGCCCAGCACUACGUCGAUGUAGCCGUCAUGGAGUACUUCCCCACCACGCGCUUUGAGAAGCCCCAGAGAUACUGGCCUUUUAUUGAUGACGCCAUCCGGACUGCGUUAUUCGAGAGAAGGGUCAAGUUCCGGAUGCUGAUCAGCUGUGGGCGGGACUCCGAUCCUGCCAUGCUGCCCUUCCUGAAGUCUCUGGCCUUAAUGGACAGCCCUCACCAGAACAUCAGCAUCCAAAUAAAACUGUACAUUGUGCCUGUGGGAAACCAGUCUGAUAUUCCAUUCACCAGAGUGAACCACAAUAAAUACAUGGUGACGGAUAAAGUAGCCUACAUCGGUACCUCCAAUUGGUCAGGGGACUACUUUAUGACCACAGCUGGAGUGGGUCUGGUGAUUUCCCAGCAUGCUCCUCAGCCUGUAUGGAAGACCAAGGCCUUGCAGGGUCAGCUCAGGGCCGUCUUUGACAGGGACUGGUACUCUCAGUUUUCUGUGGCCAUUGCUGACCUGGGGCAGAACCCCGAUUGUGCACUAUGAAGAUGAUAGAAGCAUCUUUAUGAAAGUAUAAUGUAAGAAAUACAAAUCAUAUUCUGUAAAGUGAGCGUGCACUGAAAGAAUCAUUGACAUCAAUGGUUACAAGUACCUUAAGAAAAGGAUGGAAUAGUAUGUACUGCACUUGCACUUAGACAUAAGGUUUAUUGAGUUAUCAUUUAUUUGGAUCAUUUUUACUUCAGCUGUUGAAUUUAUGGUUAGUGAAUUGACUUGCCUGUUUUAUCAUGAAGAAAUUGUCGUCAUGCACACAACAAUCACAAGAUUCAGAAAUCAGCAUUUUGUCAAUUCAUGUUUCUUACAGCAAAUGUUUUUGUUUAAUUUUUUAUAGCAAAUGUUCGGAUCUUUUGGAAUUACUGAGUGCAUAAACAUAUCUCUUUCAACUUAACUCCGACUAAGUAUAAACUGAGACUUCUUUGAUUCUUUCUUAUUUAAUUCUAUUACAAUCCUGUGUGUCCAUGUGUACAUUUUGUGUCUAAUAAAAGUUAUGAAAAUGUA